UUCCGAAACAGCUUUUAAUAGAGAGAAAGUGUGUUUAUAUACAGAAGAAGGGUAGAGUAGGGAAAAAAAUAGAAAGGAAAAGAUAGAUAGAUACAUAUAGAUCUCAUACAGAUAAAUAGAUCAAUCUCUCAUAGGAAAGUUAAAAAGUACUUAAAGCUUAAGCUAGUUUGUUUCUUUUCUCGUUUGUAAAAAGCUAUUUUUGAUUUCCAUUUCCAAUUCGACCCCUUGAAAAUGUUAAUUUGUCUUGUAUAUUGAAACUGUUCUUAUCUUAUUAUCUCUCUCACAACACAACACAACUCCUCAAACACUAAUUUCGUUUUCUCAUUCAUACACUUCUUUUUCUUCCUUCUCAUAAAGUAAAGUCAAGUUUAACUACUCUAUAAAGAAACUCAUCUUUCUCUUAUAACCUAACAUAACAGAGUUUCAUAUUUCAAAUUACAAAAAAAAUCAGAAUCAGAAUCAAUUUUUGGAUUAAUCUGAAUUAUUGAGAGAGUUGAAGAAUUCUUGAUUUUGUGAAAUGAGAGCUGGGUUAAGUACAAUCCAACAAACCCUAACGCCGGAGGCGGCUAGUGUUUUGAAUCAUUCAAUCGCGGAGGCCGGCCGGCGUAACCACGGCCAGACUACGCCGCUUCAUGUGGCGGCGACGCUGUUAGCUUCACCGUCUGGUUACCUACGGCAAGCGUGUAUAAAAUCGCAUCCGAAUUCGUCUCAUCCUCUUCAGUGUAGAGCUUUGGAAUUAUGUUUCAGCGUUGCGUUGGAGCGGUUACCGACGUCGCAGAACUCGGCUCCGGCGGCGGCGAUGGAACCGCCGAUUUCGAAUGCUUUGAUGGCGGCGUUGAAACGCGCUCAGGCGCAUCAACGGCGGGGUUAUCCGGAACAGCAGCAACAACCGCUUCUCGCGGUUAAGGUUGAGUUGGAGCAGCUUAUUAUAUCGAUUCUUGAUGAUCCGAGUGUGAGUAGGGUGAUGAGAGAAGCUAGUUUUUCUAGUCCGGCGGUUAAGGCGACAAUUGAACAGUCGAUUAAUUCGGUUCCUCCUCCGGCGGUUAAUUCGAGUCCGAUGGGAUUGGGGUUCCGGCCGGGGAUGAUUACUCCCGGAGUCGUGCCGACCGUGCCGACGAGGAAUUUGUAUAUGAAUCCUAGGCUGCAGCAACAGGGGAGUGUUGCGCAAUUGGGGACACAGAGGGGUGAUGAAGUUAAAGGAGUUGUGGAUAUAUUGAUGAAGACGAAGAAGAGGAAUCCGGUUUUGGUGGGUGAAUCGGAGCCUGAGGUUGUGAUUAGAGAGGUUUUGAAGAAGAUUGAGAAUAAGGAAUUGGGGGAGGGUGCUUUUAGUAAUGCCCAUGUUAUGCAUUUAGAGAAGGAGCUUCCUUCGGAUAGAGCGCAGAUACCGGGGAGGAUUAAAGAGUUGGGGGAUUUGAUUGAAUCGCGGUUGGGGAAUCCCGGUUGCGGUGGUGUGUUUAUCAAUUUAGGUGAUUUGAAAUGGUUGGUAGAACAGCCUGUGGGAUUUGGUUUGGGGAAUAUGCAGCAACCAGCUCUUGCAGAGGCUGGCCGUGCUGCGGUGGCGGAGAUGGGACAAUUGGUUGCCAAAUUCGGGGAGGGUGGUGCUGGUAAGCUUUGGUUGUUGGGUACUGCUACUUGUGAGACUUACUUGAGAUGUCAGGUUUAUCAUCCUUCCAUGGAAAAUGAUUGGGAUCUUCAAGCUGUCCCAAUUACCACAAGAUCACCUCGACCUGGAAUGUUUCCGAGACUUGGGACCAAUGGAAUUCUUGGUACCACGCUGGAGUCUUUGUCUCCAUUAAAGACCUUCCCUGCUACAACAAUCACUCCUCUGAGGCGCGCUUCAGAGAAUGUAGAUCCUGCAGCCGCAUCAAUUUGUUGCCCACAGUGUGCUCAGAACUGUGAGCAAGAAGUAUCAGAAAUGUUGAAAGAAACUGAGAGAUCUGAUACCGAGCUCACAUCAGAUGCUACGAGACCGCCCCUUCCACUUUGGUUACAGAAUGCUAGACCGAACAAUGAUAAUGCUAAAGUAAUGGAUCAGGCACAGAGCAAUGGCCAAGAAGUGAAUGUAAAGAAGAAGACUCAAGAAAUACAAAAGAAAUGGAACGAUUCCUGCUUGAAUUUACAUCCUAAAUUUCAUCAGCAAAAUGUGAGCACAGAGAGGAUUGCUCCCGUGCCUUUUUCAAUGACGAACCUAUAUAAUAUGAAUUUGAUGGCCCGCCAAUUUCAACCCAAAGUACUUCCAAACAAAAAUUUGGGAUGCUCUCUUCAAUUGAGCUCGAAUCCAGUGCCUAUCCAACAAUCAGAACGGACGGCGAGCCCUAGGCGAAGUACAGUAACCACUGAGCUGGUUCUUGGGCAAACCAAGCCAUCUGAGACCAUUCCUAAAGAGACACCGAAAGAACGCAUUAAUGACUUUUUGAGUUCACUGUCUUCUGAGUCACAAGACAAGUUUGAUGAAUUACAGAGCAAAAAAUUAUUUGAUACUGACUCUUUCAAGAGGCUACUCAAAAGUCUGACAGAGAAAGUGUGGUGGCAGCAGGAUGCAGCAUCUGCUAUUGCCACCACUGUGACUCAGUGCAAAUUAGGUAAUGGUAAAAGACGGUCAAAGGGUGACACAUGGUUAUUAUUCACAGGUCCCGACAGAAUUGGCAAGAAGAAAAUGGCAGCCACACUUUCUGAACUGGUAUCAGGGUCAAACCCAAUAGUAAUCUCUCUUUCCCAACGGCGUGGGAAUGGAGACUCUGAUGUCCAUCAUAUCCGUGGAAAAACAGUUCUUGAUCGCAUAGUAGAGACCAUACGAAGGAACCCACAUUCUGUCAUCAUGCUUGAGGACAUCGAUGAAGCAGACACUGUUCUUCGUGGGAACAUCAAACGAGCCAUGGAGCAAGGACGGUUGCCUGAUUCUCAUGGCCGUGAAAUCAGUUUCGGCAAUGUCAUGUUUAUUCUCACUUCAAGUUGGUUGCCCGAGGACCUUGGCUACCUGUCCAAUGGCACUCCACUAGACGAAGAAAAGCUUGCAAAUUUAGCAAGCGGAAGUUGGCAACUGCGGCUAUCAGUGACCAAGAAGGUAUCAAAACGCAAACCCAGUUGGUUAUCCAAUGAAGACAGGUCUUUGAAACCUAGAAAGGAACUUAACUUAGGUUUAUCAUUCGAUCUUAACGAAACCGCGGAUGUAGAAGAAGACAGAGCAGAUGGAUCACAUAAUUCCAGUGACUUCACGGUAGACCACGAAGACAACAAUCAUGAUCGAGGGUCGCCUUCAAAACCCCGCGACUUUCUUGAUUCCGUCGAUGAUGCCAUUGUCUUCAAGCCAUUGAAUUUUGAUCUCAUUCGUCGUAAUUUCUCUGCAACAAUCGCGAAAAGAUUCUCUACCGUGAUUGGAAAUAGGAUCUCAAUCGAAGUGCAAGAGGAUGCUCUUGACAAGAUCACAAGCGGAGUGUGGUUAGGCCAAACCACAAUAGAUGAAUGGAUGGAAAAAGUGUUGGUUCCUUCCUUCCACCAGUUGAACAAGAACUUCAGUUCAACCUACCAUGAUGAUCAUGAGUCUUCGCUGCUGGUUAGGCUUGAAGAUGAUGGCUACUCCGAUCAUCGAAGUUCACAAGAGUUGCUACCUGCUAGUGUGAGAGUCGUGUCGGUGUCGGAGUAGUAGUAAGAGUGUUAAAUAUUGAUUAUUGUUAAUACACAAUGAACAUGAGUGGUAAUAUCCGUUUUUGUUGGUUAUAGAAAUGUAAAUAGAUCUCGUUGAAAGUACAAAGUCAAAGACCCUUGUAGAAUCGUGAAAAACCGUUAAGAGGUGGAACAAGGGUCGGUAUGCGUCAUUUUUUUUACCCUUAGAUAAAAAUUAUUUAUUUUUGUCUUAUAAGCUUUAUAUUACUUUUUCCCAUUGUAAGCAUAGAUAUAUUUAUCAAUUAAAUGGAGGAUAAUUAUCAAUAUUAAUAAAAUGGAGUAUUGUUCCUUCA